UCUGGUCUUACGAAUUAGUAGCCGCCUGCCAAAGCCACCUUUGCAUUGAACCGUUGGAGUGGACGGUUGGAAGUGUGUGUGAUUUUUCUGUUGUUUCGAUUCACGAAUCUUUUAGAAUCCCCCGGCCCAAAAGCAGUCUCGAUGGCAAGUCUUGGGCACCAAAAGCAUUGGUUCGUGAUAUGUAAAAACUAAUAAAAAUCAAUGAAAAUAGUGAAGAAAAUUUUAAAGUAUUAGAUCAUGGAAGAUAAUGGUUUAUGAAGGGUUCAAGGAAAUUCUCAAGAUUCAGAAGUUCAGGAGGUUCGUGGGUACUAGAGCUGGAUAUUCUAGAGGAGACAAGUAUUAUGCGGCUUACCCGGCCGGCACUGAGUUAUUGGGUGAUUCUGAUAAGCUGUACAAAGCUGCUCUUGGCAAUUGCUUUGAAACGGAAGAGUGGGGUCCCAUCGAACUCUGCAUCAUGUCCAAGCACUUCGAGCGCCAAGGAAAAGCGCCAUAUGCAUAUCAUGCGCAAUAUGCGGCACACCUUCUCUCCCGUGGACAAUUAGAUGGAUCUGGAUUGAGGGAAAGCUGAUACAGCAAUAUUUAUUUGUUGCACUGUGUAAAGAUGAAACUGCCGGAUAGAGGGAACUUCUUCCUGUUUGGAUUUGUUAAAAUUGUAAAAACAAGAUCCCGUGGCUUACUUUUCUAAUU